AUGACAUAUAGACACAUUGGUAAAAACAAGAGCUGCUGCCGUUGUGGAGGAGAAGCAGAGAGCGUAAAUCAUUUACUCUUCCAGUGUCAUUAUGCGAGGAUGAUUUGGGCAGUUGCUAAUGUCCACAUACCCCCAGCGGGUCACUGGUCAGAUUCUUUGUAUACUAACCUUUAUUGGGUCUUAAACUUAAAAAAAGAGUACCCACUAGAGGAAGUAGAGGAAGGAUUUGUCCCUGAAUUGUUAUGGAGAUUAUGGAAAAACAGGAACGUACUGUUAUUUAGGGGAACAGAUUAUGAUGCUAUCUCAACAAUCCAGAAGAGCUGGGAUGGGGUAUGGGAACGCAGAAACAGAAAUGAGGUUAUAAAGGAGGAGGUCAAAGUAACUACAAUAGAAGAACCUGAGAAGAAAUGGACGCCACCGGCCCCGGCGAGUUUGAAAUGUAAUACUGAUGCCUCAUGGUCCAAAGAGACAAUGAUAGGAGGGGUGGGCUGGAUUUUGCGUGACCAUCAGGGUCUUCUACUGUGGGCGGGAGCAAGGAAACUGCCAAUGAUGAGGUCGGUGAUAGAAACAGAAGCGGAAGCAAUAAGCUGGGCAAUUCAGACUCUGGUGGGUUUUGGAUAUAAAACGGUGAUAAUCGAAACUGACUCUCUUGUGCUGGCAAGAAUGCUCAAUGGAGAGGAAGAGGUCUGGCCAGUGUUGGAACCCAUAUUGCAAGGCAUAACUUCAUGUUUGGCGGUAAAUGCAGGGUAUAAAGUGGUGUACUAUCCCCGGAGUGGUAAUAAGUCAGCAGAUAGAAUAGCGAAGGAGACUUCAACGUUUACGUCCCUUGUCCCUAAGCUAUAUUCUAUGGUGCCUAUGUGGUUGAAUUCAUGUUUUGAGGCUGAUAAGCCAUUUGUAAGAAACUGA